GAUCAGCACUAUAUAUCUCAAGAAUCAGAAUGGUAGUAGUACGAACUAUAGCAAGCCAGUUUAAUUCCUAAAAUUCUAGGGUUUACAGAAAUGUCAAAAGAAUCGAUUGAGAUGCACGAAGAAUUACUAGUAAUGGACAUGAAUUCUUGCGAGCAUCUGAGCGAAUCGAGUCGAUUGAGUCUGUACAAGGCGUGUAACGAAUGGGGGCAUUUCUACAUCAAAAACCAUGGCGUUUCGAAGGAGCUGUACCAGAAACUCAGAGCCGUUACCGACGAACUGUUGACGGCGGUGCCGGAAGAGACAAAGGAAGGGAAAUUGAAAGUAGGAGCUUCUUGGUACACUCCUAGAUUUAGAUUGUCUCCUUACAUUGAGAGCUUCAAGUUUUUGGGCCCGAAUUUUUCAGAUUAUGCCUCCGAUUUAGGGUUUACGGAACAAGUCUUCGGCCAACGCGUCACUCAAUUCAGGAAACUACUUGAUGAAUAUGGAAGUAUAAUGAUGGAACUAUCAAGAAGAAUAAUGAAGCUAUUACUAAAGACGAUGGGAGAUAAUUUGGAGGACAAAUUCUACGAAUCAGAAUUCAGCAACUGCAAUGGCUACCUAAGAAUAAAUAGGUACGCACCUCGAAACUCCAAUGAAGAAAUCGAAGCAUUUGGAAAGCACACUGACAUUAGUUGUGUGACGAUUAUAUUCCAAGACGAGAUCGGAGGUAUUCAAAUGAAAUGGAAACAAGGAGAUGAGUGGGUGGAUGUAAGACCUCUAGAGGACGCCCUUUUGGUGAACAUUGGGGAUUUCUUGCAAGCUUGGAGUAAUGAGAGGCUUAGAUCAGCAGAACAUAGAGUUGUUUUGAAGCAAGAUGUGAAGAGAUUCUCUUUGGCUUUCUUUUUGAUAUUUAAGGAUGAUGAUAGGGAGUUAUAUGCCCCAAGUGAAGUUGUUGGGGAAGGAAAUACAAGAAUUUAUAAGCCAUUUUCUACUAAAGAAUACAGGGCAUAUAGGGAAAAUAACUACAGGAAAAUCGUUGGAGUUCCGCUGAGAGAGUUUGCUGGAAUUGAUUUGGAGUGAAGUGUUGAAGUAUGGACGUUUGGAAUGAAAAUAGGUAUUCAUUCUUCUCGUAUUAGGAUUGGUUGCUGGCUCAUGCAUAAUGCAUACAUAUAUGUUAUAGUUUUUAAACUUUCAAUAUGCAUAUCUCAAUUUAUGAACUUGGAACAAAAGACAACUAUGAUGAUCUCUUGAUGACUUACACAUGUACAAGUAUAAGUGUAUGUAAGAUAAAGUUAUGUUGGGUUUGCUAUACUCGAAUCUACCUUAUGUGGCUUCAAA